AUGGUGGCUGUGCCUGCAGCACACAAAACGCAGUACGUUGAAUUCACAGCCAUGGCUGUGAUCUUGAUUGCAGGUGCCCCUGAUUGGGAAUGUCCUCCUCCUGAUCCAGUUAAGUUUGCAGAGUAUUCCACUGAUCGGUACGUGGUGGGUACCCGGGCUCGUUAUCUUUGUGACGAAGGCUACAAGAGAAAAGCAGGGACAAGUAACUUUAUUACUUGCAAGGAGCAAUCCGGAAUUGCUAGAUGGACGUACAGUCGCCCGCCAGCUUGCAUAGGGCCAUCUCCUACAGCAGAAUGGGAGAAUAGUUCCAUUGGCCCCCCGGUCAGCACCCCAGCACUCAUGGAAGGAUCCUUUUUCCUGGUCAUCAACAUCCCUUUGCCUUCUGUGCAGUUUUUUGGCUAUAUUGCCAUAAUGCCACUAGGCUGUUCAGAUGAAUUCAGGGUUGUUGAUUUUGGGGGGGGUCCUCUCAUUUUCUCCUUGCACUCCACAGGAUUUUGUGGAGUCCCCAUCCCAUACAAGCAGACCACUGUCAAGGUAGCAAAGUAUAAAGUGGGACAAAAGCUAAAGAUUAAAUGCUUGGAUGGAUCUCAAGCACGGACUCCCAUCACUGAAAUUAUUACAUGUGAGAACUCUAGUGGAAAUGGGGUCUGGUCCAGCUUAAAUCCGCGAUGCACCAAUGACAGCAUCUUGACUUCAUGGAAGCCAUACCUCAGUGCAGGUAAGAGAGCUAUUUGGAUGGAGUUCCCUUAG